AUGCGUCGACUGUCGUCGACUAGACUUCACCUGCUCACCUGUCGAGCUCGUUCGGGGAGCCGAGAGCAGCAGGCCGCCAGAGCGCAGGCGAGGCCCGCGUGCACGCAUCGACUGCCGUACGCACAAGACAAGAGCGAGUGCUCCGCUGAGCUUCCCGCGUGUGGUAGCUGCCAGAGGCCUGGCCAGGACUGUGCUUACCCAGAGCUUGUCAGGAGCCGUGGACUGUCUGCUAGGCGGCCCAGCAGACUACUGUCACAUGCGUCACCAGGCCGAAAGCCUCCCGCUGUCGCGAGCUCGUCAGAUCAGGGCGAUCCCUUGAACGCAUCGCUCCCGAUCCCCGCUACAGCCGACAGGACGCUCUCCGGGAACGCCGCAUCUUCACAGAGCCGAUCGUGGAAGAGCCCCGCGAGCCUGCAAAGUGACACGACACCGGCUGCUCCUACCCACAGGCUUCCCCUACCCCCCCGUGCCGAGGUGUCCGUCACCAAGAGAUGCCUCGACCAGACCCUUGGCGGGACCCUCCUCUUUAGUCGAUGCGUCGUCUCCGCUCUCAAGCUGCGCUACGCAAAGUACUACCCCGUCUUCACCUCGUCCGCUCUGCGUCUGCAAUAUGAGCGCACCGACCUGAGCUCCAUGGCUCAAGAGGUCCGCCGGAGGCUCAUGCGGUGCCUGGCCGAUGCUGACGGUCUCUCCUCCGUGGGACUGCCCGUGUGCGAAAUGUGCCCAUUCGAGGCCAUAUACCUGCGGCUCCCCUGCCAUGAAGAGGAAUUCAAUGCAGACUACGACUCCCCCGCCGGCCCCAGCACCACUGUACCGCUCGAUGCUGUGUCCGAAGGUGGCCUGACAUCUAUCCAGAUCCGCGAGCAGGUUAUCCGGCGCGACGCGGUGCGGCCUGAAGCGCCAGCUCAGCAUCGCAACCCAGCUUUUGCCUCAGCUUGGUACCAUUGUUGCCGAGUUCAACCGCACCCUGCCAAAUAUGCACCUGCCACAGCACAGCGCCCGGGAGCUCAAGAGGUAUGCCGAGUCAACGGUGGUUUGUCAGGCUCCCCCGAGGCUGCCCCCCGCGUCGUCACAUCGGGGUUUUCGUCGGCAUACAUGGAGGAAGCUGCCUGGCUGUGCCUCUACCAUGCCGCACGUCUCGUCAUGUUCCUGAGCCGCCGCUCCACCUCCACCUCCGGACCGUUCGAGUCUGGCGUGACCCCUGAAGCGGCGUCGGUCAUGGCGCUGCGAGCGAGAAACCUCAUAGAAAGGCGCUUCCCUAGCACGCGCUUCGUCGAUGAUAGCUACGAUGCUGCUGCUGGCAGCCCAGGCCGACGCUCGACUGAGCUUCCCGUCUCGACGCCCCAGCCAGCACCGGAACGGCAGCGUUCUACAUCCCCCGUCACUUGCGCAAUUGCUGGCGUGGCUCCUCAUGGGGACCACCAUGGGGACCACCAUGGACGUUACGCGAAGCUCUCCUCUUCUUGGCAGCAGCAGUAUAACCCCAGUACCCCCCAUUUUCACCCCAACGUGGAUCCUCUUGGUUUCGAGGCUGUCAACGGCUGGAUCGACGCAUACUACCUGUCCAAUGAUUUCUCGGCUGCCUCUGAUAGCGACUUCUUCUGA